AUUCAGACACUAUUGGCUGAGUCUGCAUUCGGCAACAAGCUCUUGUCACCAAUGAAUAUCCAGAUACCAACAAAAUGGGUAUCUCAGGGGUUAUCAAUAUACUCCAUUAUUGCAACUACUUCAGGCUCCCUGAAUUCCAUAUACACAGCACUUAUCAUCCCGCUCACGAAUGUGGCUCCACAUUUCAAAAACCUGUCUAUUGUUGCAUCU